AUGUCGCGGGUGGCGUCGCUGUCACCGUCCUUGUCGGGCGACGAGGUGGAGGUGGAGGAGGAAGAGGAGGACGAGGGCGUCGACGGCUACCGCAAGGGCGGCUACCACGCCGUCCGCCCCGGGGACCAGUUCGCCGCCGGCCGCUACGUCGCCCAGCGGAAGCUCGGCUGGGGCAACUUCUCCACCGUCUGGCUCGCCUUCGACGUCCAAUCACAGAGAUACGUGGCCCUGAAGAUCCAAAAGAGUGCGCCUGAGUUUGCGCAAGCUGCUCUUCAUGAAAUCGAGUUCCUGUCAGAGAUCACCAAGAGGGACCCGUCGAACUGCAAAUGCAUCAUUCAGCUGGUAGAUCACUUCAAGCACGCAGGGCCGAACGGGCAGCAUAUCUGCCUGGUCUUUGAGUUACUGGGAGAUAGCUUGCUUAAGCUGGUACAGUACAACCGGUACAAAGGCAUCGGGUUGGAUAGGGUGAGGCGAAUAUGCAAGUCGAUUUUGGUAGGCCUUGAUUACUUGCACAAUGAGCUUGGCAUCAUCCACUCAGAUUUGAAGCUUGAGAACGUUCUCCUUGUCUCGACCAUUGAUCCCUCCAAGGACCCCAUUCGUUCUGGGCUUAAACCUAACCUUGAGAGGCCUGAGGGAAACCCUAAUGGUGAAGCUGGUCUUAAUGCGAUUGAGAAGAAGCUAAAGAUGAGAGCAAGGAGGGUGCAUGCAAAGCUUGCUGAGAAAAGAAAAUCAGCUGUGGAACCUUCGCGCUCAGAAAGGAGAUUGGAUGGAAUUGAUCUUACAUGCAAGAUUGUGGACUUUGGGAAUGCUUGCUGGGCCGACAAGCAAUUUACAGAUUUUAUUCAGACACGGCAGUAUCGGGCGCCAGAGAUCAUUCUAGGUGCAGGAUACUCGUUUUCUGUUGACAUGUGGUCAUUUAUGUGUAUCGCUUUUGAGCUCGCAACAGGAGAAAUGCUAUUUACACCCAAGGAAGGUCACGGAUACAGUGAAGAUGAGGAUCACUUGGCUUUAAUGAUGGAACUACUUGGCAAGAUGCCGAAGAAGAUUGCAACCAUGGGAACACGAUCAAAGGAAUAUUUUGACCGCCAUGGAGAUCUGAAGCGGAUAAGAAGGCUGAAAUUGUCAUCCAUUGAACGUGUCCUUGUUGACAAAUACAAAAUUUCUGAAUCUGAUGCCCUGGAAUUUGCCAGUUUUCUUUGCCCUUUACUCGACUUUGCACCAGAGAAGAGGCCAACAGCUUUAGACUGCCUAAAGCAUCCAUGGCUUCGAUAUAACGAGGAUAAAGCUUGUGGUCCUCUUAACAAUAAUGAUGCCAAGAACAUUGAUCUGGCCCAAAGCACAGGGAGUAUCACCAGUGGUGACUGUACAAAUAUUGAUUUGACGAGCAAAAAAAGCGGCCCCACUGGAACUUGUGAUAAGACUGCUGAUGCAAAAUACAACACCAGAAGCAUUACCAGCAAUGCUUCCAUGAACACUGAUGUACAGCCCAAUACUGGAAGCAUUGUGAACAGACUUGCCAAAAAUGUUGAUGUAAAUCCGAACAUUGGUUCCAUCACUAAUAGAGAUGCCAAGACUUCUGAUAUGAAGCCCCACAUUGGAAGCAUCACCAUCAGUGACGCCAAAAGCUCUAAUGCAAAGCUGGAUACAGGUAACAUCACUGAUAGAAAUGCCAAAACUGUCAAUAUAAAGCCCAACUCUGACAACAUCUCCAGCAGAGAUGACAAGAGCAGUAAUGUGGACACCACCACUUCCAGUGUUGUCAACAAAGAUGUGAAGCGCAGCAUCAGAAGUGUUGUUAAUUCUUAUAUCAAGAACUUUGAUGCACAAUGCAACACUGGAAGCCCUGCUAACAGUGAUGCUCGGAACUCAUCAAAUAUGAAACCCAGCACUAGAAUUGUUAGCAGUGCUGAUAAUGUCAAGUGUAUGGACAUAAAACCGAUCAGUGGAAGUGCUAAGAGCAAUGACAUCAGUCCUAAGAGCAAUGACACCAUCAAUGCUAAUGUGAAAUCCAACACUGGAAUUGUUGCAAACAGUGAUGCCAAGAACACCGAUGUACAGACUAACAUUGGAAGUGUCGACAGCAGCGAUGAUUACAGCGUUGACUCAAAACCAAACAUUGGUCGGGUUGCUGCGAGCAUACAGAGGUUGGAGAGCAGCAUGAGUAAAGUGCAAAGCGGGAAAUACAGGUGA